UUAUUUCGUCCAUUUCGGAAUUAUAAAAUGAAAUUUGUUCAAGGGCCAUUUUCAAAAUUUGGCAGAAAAUUGACUGUCAUCGCAUCGAACGGCAUCGACCCAUAUCAGAGCUACGGUCGUAGCGGGCUCGCGUGGUCGCAAAUAAUGACGUCAUCUAUGACGUUUCGAACUCGAUCAUUGUGACCGCGGUCGUCAAGUGGAACAGCCUUACGGGCGUUGCAAGCAUUGCGAUCGCUUAUUGUUAGUGAAACGCACCCAUUGUCCUGAGAUAAAUUAGUCUUCGCGGCACCGCUUCGGGAUAACGUUGCGUAGUGACACAUCGGCGAUGCGAUUAUACUGUCACAAAGUACCAUCAACGAACGUUAAACGAGUGCGCGCUCAGCGUCAACAAAAGUGUGACAGAUCCAAGAUAACUGAUCUGGCUUCUAUCAAAACUGUUGCGGAGAAAGAACUUCUCUUUGUAGUGAUGAUCUGCGGUAUUCUGCAUCAGUUUCUCGGCUAAUCCAACUGAAAUAAUCGCAUUAGUAAUUACGCUGUCGAUGGUUGGCACUUGCUUAUGCUCAGAAUUGAAAUCAUAUUUUCGAAACCGAUCGUGUAAAAAAGUUGCUAUAACGAUAUGACGCAUGAAGCUCUCGAAUUCUUAUAUUAUGAUACUCUCUCAAUACAUAAAAUCAAUCAAAUUACAUUCAAAAUGUAUGCAAUACUUGUGACUGCCCGAUGUUUGUAGAUUUGUUUUUUUUCAAAAGUUACAUCGAGAACAUUGUUCGAAAUGACAAAAAAGGAGUCUGGGUAAAAUUGUAAUAUUAAGAGGUCCCACAUCGUAAUUCUCUAUUUUCCAUUCAAAUAACAUAAGGCAUUUAUUUUUUCACUUUGGAAACAGUACUGCUUAGAAAUUUUGUAACUCAGCAACAUAUCGGUACACCAUAAUGAAAAAGAAUUAUUCCGUGAAUAUGCACAAAAUUGGUACCACUUCUCAUUGCUAUGUCCUCUGCAUAUUUUGUUAAGGAUAUUGCUCUGACGAUGAGUCACCCCCAAAAGAUCCUAGUCGGCGAUCGCUAUUUGUUAAAGAUUCAUGAACAAAGAAGAAUAUACCUUGGCGUGAAUAGUUUUUGAUGAAAUUGUGAUAGUACGAAGCGUUAGAUAUGUGUUGAAAAUCAACGAAUUGCCGUGGGAGAAGUGGUGUGGGGUAUCGACGUGAGCCCUUCUCUCGUUUUCUUCGGGAAGAGCAGAUAGCGCGUUACAACAUUAUGUGCGUGUAACACCAGGUCCGAUUCUUUCAUUAAGAUCGUCGACUUCUAAGGUUCCCGUAUUUUGAAACCCACUCUUUUCGUGUGCGGUAUUCAGAAACACAGGUUAAUGCAAUUGUUCGCCUCAUUGUACUGCAAAAUUAAGGAUUCUUCGCGUCUCUGUAUCUUCAUUGAUUGACACGAAAUUACCGAAAAAAGGGAGAGAAAAAUCUGUAUUUUUUCGACUAAUUGUUCCGAAAAUGGAUUUACGACUUCGACAUUCAUGGUAUACGUACUUCAAACUCUUUUCCAUGGAUCGGUGCAGAAUCGACCGCUCUGAGUUAUCAACCUACGCGAUGGGGCGAAAUCCGUGAAUGCUUUUGCAAUUCGAAUGGCUAGAGUGAUGACUGGUAAAGGAAAUCUUGAAGGUGGUGCUUGCAAUCGGUAGAUUCAAAGGAAAAACAGGGUUUUCUCCAAAAUAAUAUCGGUAUAUCGACGAAAUGAAAUUUUUAUUGGUAUAAAUAAAUGAGCGUAUCUUAGUUAUUUUACCAAUUGGAAACCACGUUGAGGUAUAUGUUGAGUCGUCCAUUCAUGCCAUGAAUUGAAUAAAAACACUCCGAGAAAUCAUCAUGACCGAUUUAUAAGCGUCUAUGUUUCUGAUGCGAAUUCUCAAAAAUCGACCCGGUCGGCGUAGCGGGAAAAAGCGCCGAGGCCUCUCCCACAACUUGGUCCGCCGCUUACUUGCAUGGUAGAUUAUUUUCUCGGAAAUUGUUAUGAGGUAAAAUUUUUUUUGAAUAAGCUUCUUUUCUUUCACGUAAGCUGAAGUGUGGGUAAGAUCUCAUCUAGACCGUUUGCUCGAUAGUUCACUACUAGUCUCAGCGUUCUUUUUUGCCAAAUCGCUACGAAUGGCUCGAAUAUGUUUGACCAAAACAUCACAAGUACUCAGUGUCAUUACGUAAAGGACAAGCCAUGAUCACAGGACUCAACAUUACCACCAAUAUCCUGCCAUGAAAGUGGUGGAUUACAGUAACAACGAUGUUUCAGCCGAUAAUUCAAAUUAUGUAUCGAACGUAACGUAAAUUAUUUCACUUAUCAAAAUGUAUCAUCUUGCACAAGAAUAUACGAGAUUCCAUUUCUUCGAACGCUGGAUACAAUGGAACGCGGUGAUGGGUCGAAUCCUUUGGAAAUAGAGCGACGACGAGAGAGACGGAGGGUUGCACAAUUCGAAGAAAAAAUCCAUUUGGAAAAUUUCCAGGAGGGUCAAAGUGCACCUGCAGGACCCUGUGCAGCCCAGGUUUUCCGUGCAGGUAUAUAACACCCAGUAAACCUACAGAACAUCAGUACUGUGUGAGAAUUCGUCAAGAGCAGUCGGUGUUACACGCUUAGUAAGCAUCUUUGGUGUAGCUCUCAAUUGAUUGUUUCUCGCAAUAACUGCGACGAGUGGAGGACGGUGCGCGUCCACCUUAGGAUAACGUGUUUCAAUUUUGGUUUGAUGCCGUUAAAUUUGGUUUAAAGUUUCAAAUAACUUUUGGCACUGUAUUGAGAAUUCGGUGAAUAAUAUACACCAGAUUUAUGCCUAGUAUGGUAAUAAUAACAAAGUUUCGCAAGAUUGUUCCGCGAAUACGAUAGGAAAAAGUCUAGGGGAGGAGAGAGCGAGAUAGAAAUACGGAACUCGGCCCCUCCGCACAGCCGAAAGAACAGUAAAAAUGCCAGCGCAGACAGACGACGCCGACAACGAGAUACGGGUGAAAAUCGUUCACAACGGGGAGGUGCAAAUCACGUACGUUGCCGCGGGCUUUGGAAUGUCGAUGGAUGCUCUUCGCGAAGAAAUGCGUGGAAUUUGUGGAUUCGGAGCCGGAUCUCGAUGGGAUCAACUCCAACACGACCAAUUUACAAUGAAAUGGGUGGACGAGGAAGGUGAUCCCUGUACGAUAGGGUCACAAUUGGAACUGGAUGAGGCCCUACGUUUGUACGAGCUCAACAAAGACACGGAAAUUACGAUACACGUUUUCCCGAAUGUACCUGCCGCGCCAGGAAUGCCAUGUGAGGGAGAGGACAGGAGUAUCUACAGACGCGGAGCACGCAGGUGGAGAAAACUUUAUCGUGUCAAUGGUCACAUAUUUCAGGCGAAACGUUUCAACCGGCGAGCGUUUUGCGCGUUUUGCCAAGAUCGGAUCUGGGGAUUGGGAAGGCAAGGUUUCAAAUGUAUUCAGUGCAAACUUCUCGUUCACAAAAAGUGCCAUAAGGUAGUUGGUAAGCCAUGUUCCAGCCUACACUCGUUGCAAAUAGCGGAAUCACUCGCAUCGGAUAGAGACGGUGACCAACAACAGUCGGAUUCUAAUCAUUGCCCUCCUGCGGUACCACCAUAUGAGGAAUUUCCGGAACUGGCAACGGUCGACGACCAUUCUCGCAACCGGGUUCCCGGCGACGAGGGCGAAGAAUUACCCCUGGAAGCCGGCGCGGGUGUGGACAACAUGCGCGAAAUGCAAAGGCAAUAUUCGUUGAGUGACUUCGAAUUGAUUAGAGUUAUCGGUCGUGGUUCUUACGCGAAGGUAUUGCUGGUUGAGUUGAAACGCACGCGGCGAAUUUACGCCAUGAAAGUUAUUAAAAAAGCAUUGGUAACGGACGACGAAGAUAUCGACUGGGUACAAACGGAAAAACACGUUUUUGAGACUGCUUCGAAUCACCCGUUCCUCGUUGGUCUUCAUUCUUGUUUCCAAACUCCAUCUCGCCUUUUUUUUGUCAUUGAAUUCGUUCGCGGUGGCGACCUCAUGUUCCACAUGCAAAGGCAACGACGUCUACCCGAAGAACACGCUCGAUUUUACGCCGCUGAGAUUAGCCUGGCUCUCAAUUUUCUGCAUCGAAAAGGAAUAAUUUACCGAGAUCUGAAACUGGAUAACGUGCUAUUAGACCACGAGGGUCACGUCAAAUUAACCGACUAUGGAAUGUGCAAGGAGGGGGUAAGGGAGGGUGAUACAACAGCUACAUUUUGUGGAACGCCGAACUACAUAGCACCGGAAAUUUUGCGAGGGGAAGAUUAUAGUUUCUCUGUCGAUUGGUGGGCGCUCGGAGUACUGCUUUACGAAAUGCUGGCCGGCCGUAGUCCGUUCGAUAUAGCUGGGGCUUCCGAAAAUCCAGAUCAAAAUACGGAAGAUUACCUCUUCCAAGUCAUUUUACAGAAAACAAUCCGCAUACCGAGAUCACUCUCUGUCAAGGCAGCUUCCGUUCUGAAAGGAUUCCUCGGUAAAGACCCUGCGGAACGAUUGGGAUGCGGUUCUUCCGGAUUCUUGGACAUCGCUGGACACUCGUUCUUCAAGGCCAUUGAUUGGGAUGUGUUGGAAAAAAAACAAGUAACUCCGCCCUACAAACCAAGAUUAGAUUCUGACAGAGAUUUGGCAAACUUUCCACCAGAAUUUACCGACGAACCCGUCCACCUGACGCCCGAUGACGCGAGAGUGAUAGAUAAGAUCGAUCAAAGUGAAUUCGAAGGGUUCGAGUACGUGAAUCCGCUACUGAUGUCCCUGGAAGACUGCGUGUGACGAAAACCACU